GGCAUGUCGUCCUUCACAAUGCCCCGAAAGGACAGUGGGGCUUUUAGCCUAAGAGAUAAAAUGAACAGUUUGCGAAGGGGCUUGACUCUAGGAAAUAGGCCUUUGCCUCCAACCCCUACCGGAUCACAUCAUGGGCCACCCAAUUAUCCGCCCUCACGAUCGAAUUCUCAAGUCUCCCACGAGGACUUUCGGCAGUUUCAAGUUCCCAGUCCCAGUCCAUCUCUUCAGCAGCGCUAUCGCCAGCAUCAGCUAGCGAUGAGAGGCACUACUCCCAACCUACCAAGCACUGUAGCUGAAUUCGACCAGCCCUCGGGCAGGGACUCUGGUUAUCCAGAUUGGGAGCAGGAUCAGUGGCCCUACAGAAACAGGGCUGACAGCGUCUCGGGAUCAGAUGGGGGCUCCAGGUUAACGCGAAAACUGAGCAACACGUCCUGUCCACCUGCAGCUCGAGGCAUGCCUCAUAGUGCCUCAGUUUUUGAUCUGAAUAAUGCUGCCCCUCAUCAUCAUCCUCAUGGAUUUGUUCCAAUGCAGCAGAGUUUACCCGGAAGUAGAGAACACAGUCCAAUGCCAUUCGACUAUGAAGAACCCUAUUUUGAAAAAAUGCCCAGAUCCAGGAAGCCGCAAACGAAUCCGAGAUUAUCAAGCAGCAUAAUGGACUUGAGGAGAACGGAUUUGUAUCACAAAAAACCUAGUCAGCAAGAACUGGAUUAUUACAGGAUGGAACAAAUGGAGCCUCUAAGUCACCGUCACCGCAGUGUUUCGUUACAUCCAGAAUUUUUCGAUCCCARCUUUGAUCGGCAAACAUCUUUUAAGGCCCAAGGCAURGAAUUGGUCAGGUUGCUAAGAGAAGCUGAACAUUACAAUUACAACGUCGAUGAAGUACAAGCGGCUUUACUGCAUUGCAAAGAUAUGAACCCGAUCCAAUGGCUCAAAGAGCAUUGGGACGCAAUGAUAGCCAGUGUUCAGACGCUUGCAACUCAAAUGGGUCGAGAAGGGCCGAUGAAUAUAGUUGGGACCGUAUCAGAAAAAGAGGCCAGAGUCGCUAUGCAAAAGCACAAAGGCGAACUUUGGCCUGCUGUUCAAGAGUGCGUCGAACAGCGACAGCAGAAAUAUGCGGAACUGGCAAGCAAAGGCGACUUUUCCAGAGAAGAUAUAGUGACGGUUUUAACAGCCAAUCACGGUGACUUAGAGGCCGCUUAUAAUGAACUAAGCAAAAUGCAAAUUAAGCCUUUUUUAAUGCGCAUUUGGGGCCCACCGACAGGGAUUGAAAAUGAGGCGGGCAAUGAAGGGGCUACGUUACGAAAAUUCCGGGGGGAAGAUUUGCUCAGUGAAGAUGAGAAACGAUUAAAAAAACAAGCUGAAGCGGUAAGUUUAAACUCAACUAAUUCCGACCAAAGUGUCGAACAAUCUUCCUCUCCGAACGUAAGCAGCCCUGUUAGUCCUCAGGAGUUAAAAAAAACUCCAAAUUUUCCAGAUAACCCCACGCAAUUAAAUGUAGAUCAAGAUAGAAGUAGCAUGCGUAAAUCCCUCGACGCGCUUGAAGAUGAAAUUUUUAAAAAUAUCCAGGAAAUUAAUAACUUAAAUAGCGAUUUUGUGCCUCCAAAUCUGAAUACUUCCAUUUCAACCACCUCAAGCACGGAAAGCCAGCAGGAUAGAGAAGGAGAAGCUUCUGAGCGCCAAAAAAAAAAUUUGCCAAUAGAAUCCUUCGUUAACCCCGCUGCUUCAGUUAAAAUGAGUGAAGAUCCUACUAAUACAGGACAAGAGGAUGUUUUGGCACCCUCGGAAAAUAGUUCAAAAGUGGCAAACUUCUCUAAAAUUUUCCUGCAAACUGUAGAAGCCCCCACACAUCCAUUAGUAGUAAACUUGCAAGAACCCCAAAGUCCAAAGGCCUACGUAGAAAAAAGCAGCACAGUCAUUCAAGUUGUGGACACUGUGGGUUUUGACUCGACCAAAAUGCAAAAAACUCCAGACUCAGAAUCUUCAAGUUCAAGCGAUGACAAUGCAAUAGGAGAUGAACAAUUUGUCGAUGCUGUUGAAGAUCCCACAGCAUCUUUCGAGCAACCAUCGAGCAAUGAUCAAGUGGACCUUAAUAGUAACUUUAAUAAAGAACAGGAAAAUGAUUCGAAGAUUCUGGAGGCAAAAUCUACAACCAAGAGCAGCCCAACACGCAAAAUAAGCGUAACUAUCAUAAACCUUCAAUUGAUGAGCAACCAAGCGCUGGCUCAAAGAGUUGAGGAUCCUUCCACUCCGCAAGGUGAAGAAAUUAAGGAAAGCACCGCUGAAAUUGUAUUUAAAGCUACACAACCCGAAGCAAAUGCUUUAAAUGGUUCACCAGUUAAGGCAGUUGAAAAUGUCCACAAAACAAAUAGUCAGACCGCAUCAACAAAGGCUUUAGAUAAAAACGGGGCGGGGACUUUUGAAAACACCGUGCAAAUCGACCUGGAAAAAACUGUGAAAAUUGAACCAACUACACAAAAAGAUUUACACGUUAAUAAUGAAGAAAUCGAAUGUUUCGGCAUCGUUUUGGAUAUGCCGGCAAAUGAAGACCAAUGCGAAAAUCCUAUGAUGUGUAUUAAUGGGACAGACGGUUCUAAAACUUCUUUUGCCCACACGAAAAACGCGGAAGCAGAAGAUCAUGAGCUUUCAGGCUCAAUAAUUGACGAAAACUAUAACAAACAAGGGCCUGAUGAAGUUAGAAUUCCAUCUGAAGUAUUAAAUGAAGAUAUCGAUGGAGCCACUGAAGAAACUGGUUCUGUCGAGGACAGUCAGCCUGAAUCCGAGCAUCAAAUUGCGAUCGAACAUGAAAGUGAUAAACACACUAAAGAAGCAAAGGAAAACAAGAGUAUUGCAACUGAGACAAGUUCAGUUGAAGACAGCCAACCUCGAUCUGCCCAAAUUACGAUUGAUAAUGAAAAAGACAGUAUAACUAAAGACGCAAAGGAAAACAGCAAUAUUGCAACUGAGGAAACAAGUACAGUCCAAGAACAGCAGUCUCAAUCUGAAGCACAAAUUGCUAGUGAAAAUGGGAAUGACAAAUUAGUUAAAGACGCAAAUAUUCCAACUGAGGAAGCCAGUUGUGUUGAAGAAAAACUACCUGAAUGCAUAGAGGAGAUUGGGAUGAAAGAUGAAGAAAAUAGAGUAAGACAGGAAGCAAACGAAGAUAACCAUAUAGCAACAGAAGAAGUCACUCCAGUCGAAAAUACAAAUGAAGAUGAAAACAGUAUUGCAAGCAAAGAAGCAAAGGAAAACUUACCUCCGCGCGGACCAAAAGCCAGAAAACUUACUUGCAACCACCGUAAAUCGUCGAGAAAAGCUCGACAUCGGGCUGAAAAAGCUUCAUUAAUCCGAAAGGAGAGCAGCAGUAGCACAACUGAGUCAAACAGUGACGCUCCUGAAGUGACUCCAGAAGAAAAAACUCUCACGAUAAUAAAUGAUAACAACGUUAAAAACAUGGUGAGUAAAUUCGAAAAUACUACCGCAGAACAAGAGGACCUGGAUGCAGCAAAGCCCAGAUUGGAACGGAAAAGGCCUGUGAAGAAAUCAGACAGUCAAAAGUAUGCAAAGUAUAAAAACAUGAUUGUGAAGCCAACGCCUGAUUCUCCGAUUGAAGAAAAGCAGGAAUUUGCACUGGAUAGUGCAGCUCGAGCGCUGAUUGCUAAUUCCAACCAUCCGGAUGAGGCAAACUUUGCAAGUUUGAUGGAGGCUGAAAAAGACAUCGCAGAAGACAAACCAGUCAUUUCCACCAAGAUACAAAUAGCCCAAAAUAAUCAAACAAUGCUCAGUAAGAGGCCAACUUCGAAAAUUCCUGUAAUAACCCGUCAAAAUUCCGUUUCAAAGGACACUAAGCCACUCAAUUCGGCAGGAAGCAAAAUCCCUGUAAGGUCAAUCGGUGCAGCACGAAAGGAGAAAUCUCCUGUUGUUUCUGAGAAAACUACUGAAGACACAAAUGAACAGAACAAUAAAAUAUGCACUGAAGAGGCCAAAGUUGAUGGAAAAGCUCCGACUGAAACCAGGAGCCUUUCACCAAAACCGAUGGAAAAAGACAGACCCAGCACUUCUAGAUCUUUCGAGCAAAGACGAAGUCUGUCUAGGAAAUCUUCGUCCCACUCAAACAAGAGCGAUGAAAUUGGGCAAGAGAUGGCCACUUCAGUGAAGAACGUCAAGAACUUGAACAGAAAAAUUUCCCAUCCUUCCUUCCGCAGCUCAUUUGACUCCACUACCAGCUCCAAAAAAAUGUCUUACACCAAAAGCUUGGACAACGAUAGCGAAAGCUCAGUAUCAGACAGCAAUGUUGAGGAACUGCUGUCUGAUGAUGACUUUGAAGAUUUCCAGGACGACUUCGAAGAAACGAACGAAAGCAUUAUGCAAAGCGACUCGGAAGACUAUCAGGCGUUCGAAGAGAAAAAAACCCAACUGGCUCAAGAACUUAAUAUAAACGUUAAUCAAAUUAGUGCUCGGGUGAAUGAGCUCACUUCAAAUCUAGACGGAAAGGACAGAAUGUUCAAUAACUACUCGAUCGAAGAAACCUGCGAAUCAGAAGAGUACGACUCUGAGGAAGAGAUCGAGUUGGACGAAACUGAAAGCAAUGAGGAUCGAGGAGAAUUUAUUGAAGAUGAGUUCAUGCCUGAUCAAUUUAAUGUAGACAGAAAAGAAUCGAGCGAUUUCGAAAUAACGGAGAGACAGGCCAGAAGAUUCUUGGCAGAAGGACAGGUGAAGAACUACGCUCAGGCUGAAUUGGCUGCCAGCUUGAUGGCGUUGAACUUUUCCUCGGAAGAAGCCCUGGAUGCGGUAAAAGACUGCAGCAGCUUGGAUGCAGCCAUUGCAUAUUUGCAACAAGACUGCGAGUUGUGUGCUGGAAAAUAUCCGAUGAAUAAUAUAAUAUCUAUGUUGAAAUGCACUCAUCGCUGCUGCCAGGAAUGUGCGAAAAACUACUUCACAGUACAAAUAACUGAUCGGAGCAUUACGGAUUGCAACUGCCCUUUUUGCAAAUCACCAGACUUAAGCCACUCAACAGCUGCGGAGGACGAAAUCUCUGACUACUUCGGUAACCUGGAUAUUCUACUAAAAGGCAUUCUGGAGCCUCCAGUCCAUGAACUAUUUCAGCAGAAACUAAGGGACAGAACCCUAAUGCAAGACCCAAACUUCAAAUGGUGUGUCCAGUGUUCUUCAGGGUUUAUCGCCCAUCCGAGGCAGAAGCGUCUCAUUUGCCCCGAUUGCAAAUCCGUCACGUGUGCAGGCUGCCGAAGACCGUGGGAGAAGCAACAUGAAGGACUCACAUGUGAGAAAUUCGCCGAAUGGAAAGAUGCCAAUGAUCCGGAAAAUCAAGCUUCCGCUGUGGCAAAACAUUUGGCUGAAAAUGGAAUCGAUUGUCCAAAGUGCAAGUUUAGAUACUCCCUGGCAAAAGGUGGUUGUAUGCACUUUACGUGCAUUCAGUGCAAGCAUGAGUUUUGCUAUGGAUGUGGAAAGCCGUUUAUGAUGGGGGCCAAAUGCGGCGUAAGCCAGUAUUGCGCCAAACUCGGCCUUCAUGCUCACCAUCCGAGAAACUGCCUGUUUUAUUUACGGGACAAGGAGCCGCAUGAUUUGCAAAAGCUCUUGAAGGACAAUAAAAUCAAAUUUGACACUGAUCUUCCGUCUGAAAGUGAAGAAAAUGCUAGCGCUCUCAUCAAGUGUCCCGUUCCUCUUCAAAAGGAGUCACCCACUGGACUUAUUGACACCAUCUGCAAUAAUGAUGUGAGCCCUGGACAAGCCGGACUGUGCAGGCAGCACUACAUCGAGUACUUAGUGGGCCUGAUAUUCAGACACCAAUUGGAUCCGAUUUCGAUCUUGGAUCUGGUGGAAGUGACUCAAGAGUUGCGCCGAAGAGGUCAUCCACUUCCAGAGAGGGGUCCUUGGUGCGACGACAAACAAUAUAGGGAACUUUGUGCCAAGAUUGUCAUUGAGCAAGUACCGUUGGAGUGAAUUGGAGCAGUGAAAUCCUCCACAACAGCCACUGGGAGCAUGACCAAUGGAUGAGGACUACUUUUUAAGAGAAUAAGAUUCCUCAUAUUCCCAUAUAAUUGAUUUUGUGAGAUUGUCCCGUAUAUUAACUUUUGCUUUGAUUUCCAGUAGAACUUUUGUUGAACUAAGUUUGAAUUACUUUAGGUCGACUUGCAAAAUGUUACUAUUAAUAUUUAUAUAUUUUUUUAGUGCAAUUUCCUAACCUUUUCUAUCAAAGUUUAUAUUCUCGUAUACCUGCAAGAUUGUUAGUUGUAUGUUAUAAAAGUCAAUAUAUUGGUUUAACGCUG